AUGGGUUAUAGGGUUGUUUUUGCUGUGAUGAUUCUCAUGAUAAAGACAAUAUGCAAUGUAAGCAGUGUUAGUAAUGAAGAUAGCCACCCUGAUGAUCUGAAGGCUCUGCAGGAUUUCAAAGCCAGGACUACUUUUGACGAUUCAAACCGGCUGAAGACCUCGCUUAGAGUGCUUAAUUUGUUUUGCUUGUCUGGACUCCAUGGACAGAUUCCUCUGCUCAUAGGAAACCUGAACGAACUUCGACUUUUGGAGCUCUCCAGGAAUAACUUUAGUGGUCCAAUACCAGAAAGCAUUGGUAAUCUAUUGAACCUUGAAGGAAUGUACCUUGGUUAUAACCAUUUCUCUGGUCCUUUUCCUUCAAGCAUUGGGAAUCUCAAUAAACUUCAGCUUCUACAUUUUCACUCAAUCCACAUUUCUGGUCCAAUUCCCGAGUCUAUUGAAAAUCUCACAAGUCUUACUUCCCUAGAUCUUAGAUCAAACCAAAUUUCUCGUGCCAUUCCUAAGUUCAUUAGUGAAAACUUGAUCAAUUUGGAGAACUUGUUUCUAGGAAACAAUUUUCUAAUAGGGCCUCUUCCAGAGAAUAUUGGUAAUAUGCAAAAGCUCGUCGAUCUUGAUCUGUCAAACAAUAGGUUACAGGGCGGAAUCCCGGAUUCAAUAG